UCGCUCGCUGUGGGCCAAAAGAUCGAACUCAACGACCAGCGCAUCGCAACUAUUCGCUUCCUCGGCCCAACACAUUUCCAGACUGGCGACUGGGUGGGAGUAGAGCUUAAGGAUGCGUCCGGAAAGAACGAUGGCUCCGUCAAGGGGGAGCGUUACUUCAUCUGCGAGCCUGACUAUGGCAUGUUCUUACGGCCGGCCGGCAUUCGACAAGUACUCGAGGACGAGGGGCCGAGAGCAAAGGCAGUAGCGAGCAACGGCGUGGCGAGAGGCAGGCCUAGUAACGUGCAUACGGCUGUCAAUGGGCUCAGGAGACAGGCUGCCACGGAUGCACCAGGCAGGGGAGCGAGUGUGGUAGCGCGCAGUCCUACGCCGGGAGCGAGGCUCGGAAGUGGUCUGCGAUCACCGAUCAAGCAACCGGGUAGCAACGGCGUCUCAAGCGCGUCGACGUCGCGUACCAACACUCCGCCCGCUAAGAGCAGGCCGGCUGCAGGCGCGGCGGCUAAGCCUAGACAGAGUCUCGCUCCACCAACAGCUGGGGCCUCGGGGCGAAGGACGUCUGUACUUCCGACUGCAGGAUCGUCAAGCACUCAGCGGAGCUCUCGAUCAUCCCUGGCUCCGCCGACAUCUAUCUCGCGAACGAGUAGUAGUAGUAGCGUCGCACGGUCAAGGCCAUCCGCUUCACGUGCGCCAUCGUCACGCCCUCAGCUUGAACCGCGGUUGAGCUCUACCGCAGAGGGCGUCGUUGAUGAUGUCGUCGACGACGAUGCCAGUGACCGUCCGGCUACUCCACAAGUGCAUGAUGCUCAACCAAGCGCGCAAGAACCGGACCAAGAACGCGAGCCGGAAGAGGAACCUGAAAAGCCUAGCUUCGCACCUCCACCCAUACCACCCGAUCCGCCUCCGGUGAGUACUCGAUCACGGCGACCUUCCUCGCCUACGGCAGCAUCCAUCCAUUCACAGCGCACCAUCCGCAGCACCACCGCCUCAAACCGGCAAAUAGAGGAGCUGGAAGCCAAAGUCCGCCUACUGGAGCGCAAGCGGCAAGAAGACCGUGAAGUCAAGAAGACGCUCGAACAAGCGCAGCAAGAGCGCGACCAAUACAAGAGCAUUAUCGAGAAGCUGCAGAACAAGUACCGGCCUCAGCAACAGGAGAUUGCAGACCUGAGACAGACCUUAGCCGAGGCGGAGAAGAGGGCUGCAGGUGUGGAAUCAAUGCAGUCUGAACAUGACAGCGUUAUGGAGCUUGCCACGCUGGACCGGGAGAUGGCGGAGGAGAAGGCGGAGAGCUUGCAGGCCGAGCUGGAAGCGCUUCGGGCACGUAAUGAGGAGAUGGAACUGGAGCUUGAGAUCUUGAAGGAAGAGAAUGGCGAGCUGAGCAAAGAGAUGAGUCCCGAAGAGCGCACGAGUGCCGGAUGGUUGCAAAUGGAAAAGAGCAACGAGCGGCUGCGCGAAGCUUUGCUUCGGCUACGAGACAUAACGCAAGACAAAGAAGCCGAGCUCAGGGAACGCAUAGAUGACCUUGAAGUGCAGGUCAAGGAAGCCGAUAGUUUACAGACGCAGUACAACGAAACGAAGGAGAAACUUCUACGUACGGAAGCGGACACCAGCGAUCUCCGCCAACAGCUCGAAGUUGCUUUGGAGUCCGAAGAGAUGAUCGAGGAGUUGACCGAACGUAACGGGCGCCUUGACGCACAGAUAGCUCAACUCCGUCUCACAAUCGAAGAACUCGAGGACCUCCGUGAGCUCAAUGACGAAUUGCAAGUCAACUACACCGAGUCCGAGAAGCAAUUGCAGGAGGAAAUCGACUUCAAAGAAAGCCUUCUCCACGACCGCGAACGCACGGCUAAGCAGCAGCAGGAAGCGCUCGAUGAGGCUGACUACACCAUCACACGCUACCGAGCGUUAGUAGGUCAGAUGCAAAGCGACCUAGCCGAUCUGCAAGCGAGCAGGCAGAUCUCCGAGUCGGAAGCUGCGGAUCUGAGUAGUAAGAGCCGAGCUAUGCUGGACUUGAACUUGAGGUUAAGGGAUGCGGCGGAGAAGACGCAGGUCAAGACCAUUGAUCUCGAACUGCGCAAGCUUGACGCGCAAGAGGCGAGUGAGCAUCUGGCUAUCGUGCAGAUGUUCUUGCCGGAUGCUUUCCAGGCGGAAAGGGACAGCGUGUUGGCUCUGCUGAGGCUCAAGAGGAUUGCAUUCAAGGCGGCGCUGGUGGCCGGUGUCGUUCGAGAAGGCCUUGGUGCGCCGGGAAGACGGCGGGAUGAUGCUGUCUUCGCUGCUGUGCAGGUGUUGGAUCAUUUGACCUGGGUCAAGGCGAUGGCGGAUCGUUUCACGCAGUCUAUCUGUGGCGGCUCGGUCGAGGAUUUUGCAAAAUGGGAGAGUGCGUUGUAUGAACUUGAGCCGGUUGAAAGAGCGCUUAAUGGUUAUCUUGAUGCGGUACGGAGGGAUGGGAGUGAUGGGCUUAGGGAGGCAGAAAUGGUGGAGGAGCUGAAGAGGAGUAUGGCUGUUAUGGAGCACCUGGCGAGCUUGCAUGUGAAGGAUGAUCUGGCCGCGCAUGCGGAAGGGUUGGUGAUGCGGACGUUGUGUUUGCAGAGUCAGCUUGAGGGUACGGCGACGGCACUUGGCAUUGUGAAAGCGAUGGUUGAGAGUAAUGUUGGGGCCAAAGAUGAGGUCAACGGAGUCGGUGAACAUCAAGAGGACGUGGAUGAGGAUACCGCUUCGACCGACCUUGCGCUCAUCCUGAACCGCGCCGAUACACUCAUCCAGGCCGCAAGGAACGCGAAAGUCAUGGCAGGCAAGACACAUCGCUCCCUCGCCGACCUGCAAGCCCGGUCACUUACACUCGACUGGUCAUGCGCCGAGCACAUCGACCGUGUCGAGCCAGCCGCCGCGCAGAUCGCAGCGUAUACACGCCAAGCGGGAGAAGCACUGCAACAUCUCUUCUCCAGCAGCGACGAAGGCCGCAACGACCCCUUUACAACUUACGAAGUCACGACCAUCCUCUCACAAACCGCGGUACCCGUCUUCGCCCUCUCGGAUCCGGAAGCGGGACCUUUCAAUACACUCGCCACCCGCCUCCGCUCCCUCCAGACCACACUCUCAGAUCUCGCAUCCGUCGCUGCAGAUCUGGACAACACAGUCGAGUUCGAUCGCGCACCAGCACCAUGGGUCGCAAGGGCUACCCAGCUGAAACAGACGAAACUCACUGCCCUCGAUACAGAGGCAGAGCUGACUCGUUCCCAUGAAGACCUCCGACAGCGCGACGCCGUGCUUAAGGAGAAAGAGACCGAGCUCGAGGAGCAAGGAGUGCGGAUCGAGAUGCUCGAGGCGAGGAUGAAGGAGGCUGGGAAGCGGUCUGCGCGGAUUGGGGAGCUGGAACGGGCGUUGUGGGAUGCUAAAGAGCAGAUUAAGAGAGCUAAACUUGACUUAGGAAAGGCGCGGGAAGAGGCGGAGAAGGAGAUUGAGAAGGUUAGGACGGACAUGGGUAAGUUGGGUAACGAAGGGAAAGUGGGAGGCGGUAAGGAUGAUGGUGUUAACGCUGACGCGAUGGGCGCUGCUGCGCGCUUGAAUUUGCGGAGGCAAAAGGUCAAGAUUGGGUGUCUGGAGGGUGCGGUCUGCUAUUUGCAUGACGAGAAUUUCCGGCUGCGGAUGCCCGCACCUGAUAGUCCGGUGGCGGUGCGGAAGACGCUGGGGUGGUUGCAUGAGCCGUUACUUCAGCCUAAGCCGGAAGCACAGAGGAGACGAGAGGGUCUGAAACGUGAGGGCAAAGACUUGUUGCAUCAGAUGUUACAGCUUGUCACGCAGACGGAAGGUGGAGGAUUGGUGGAUCUUACUAAGAUACCGGAGAACAAGCUUGCGUGGCGGCCCGCGAGGGAGAGGCCGAGGUGGGCGGUGGAGCGACGGAAGGAGGUGUGG